AUGGCCAGCAAUAAAACACGAUGUUUUACAUGUAAUAAGAAAAAACUAACAUAUACUUGUGAAGGGUGUUCACAAAGAUUUUGUUUAAUGGAUUUAACAGCACAUCGUCAAAUAUUAAAUUAUGAAUUAGAUCAAAUUACUGAUGAUUAUAAUCACUUUAAACAAGAGAUUAAUGAACAACAACUUAACACACAUGAUCUUUCUUUAUUCGAUAAAAUUAAUCAAUGGGAAAUCGAUUCAAUUGAGAAAAUUAAACAAAAAGCAGAAGAUUGUAGAGAAAUUGUCGUUAAAUCAUCACAAACAUAUAUUGGAAAGAAAUUUAAUGAUUUACGUGAACAAAUAGAACAAAUUCAUAAAGGAAAUGAAUUUAAUGAAAUUAAUUUAGAGUAUUUAAGAAAUCAAUUAAUGAAAGUUACACAAGAAUUUUAUAAUUCAUCAAAUGCUUCUAUUCAACACGAUUCAAAACCAUUUAUUAAUGAAAUUUCAGUUAUUUCAUUAAAAAAACCAAAACUCAAGAAAUGGAAUCAAAAUGCCAUCACUGUGGCUGGUGGAAUAGGAUACGGAGAACAAUUAAAUCAACUUCGUGGCCCUCAAGGAAUCUUUAUUGAUAAAAACAAAAAUAUUUUUAUCGCUGAUGGUGAGAAUCAUCGUAUAGUUGAAUGGAAAUAUAAUGCAAAGGAAGGACAAAUCAUUGCAGUUUUUGCUGUAAUUGUAACAUUAAUCAUCACAGGAUGUGCAUCCUUACUUCCAUCGAAUGGAGGAAAUCAAACAAUAUAUUAA